GCUAAUAUAUAUAAACAAUACCUAGAACAAGUAUUUCCAAAUUCAGACGACAAUGGACGAGUCAUGGCUAAAGUGCCUUUCUUUUUUGGAAAUGGAUGACAACCUUUUUUCAAGUGAAUAUAACAUGAACUCUCUUGAAGAAGAGUUAGAGAAAGAGAAUUCAGUGCAGGGUUCAGAAAUCUCAUGGAAAAAUAUUCACUCUUAUUCAAAUCUCACUACAGAAAGCACCACCCAUGUAAGCACCAACAUGGGAAAUUCUUCAUCUUUGGAAGGGAACACUGGCUUUGAUCAUGUCACAAGUCUCAAACCACAUGCUUCUUCUCCACAGAAACCAAUGCCUUGCAACCUGUCUUUUGAGGAUUCCACUUUAGUGCCAAAUGUUCCCAAGAAAACAUGCCAAUAUUUUCAUGGUGAACAUUCCCAAGAAAAGCCACAGAAUAUAAAACCCAAGAAGGGUAGAUCCUGCUCCCAGACACAUGAGCACAUAAUGGCUGAAAGAAAAAGGAGAGAGAAUAUCACCAAAAUGUUCAUAGCUCUUUCAGCCCUUAUUCCGGGCUUGAAAAAGAUGGACAAGGCUUCGGUCCUUAGCACCGCCAUAGAGUAUGUGAAACAUCUUCAGCAGCGUGUGAAAGUUUUGGAGCAAGAGAAGAAGAGAAAGAUAGAAACCAUAGGAUGCUUCAAAACAAACAAAACCAAUGUUGCUGAUGACUACGUUUCAUGUACCUAUGACGUCUUAGAUGACAAACCUAUCAAGAUAUGUCCUAAAGUGGAAGCAAGAGUCUCAGGAAAAGAUGUACUCAUCAAAGUAAUGUGUGAGAAACAAAAGGGCAUUGUUGGUAAGCUACUGGCCAAGGUUGAAGCUCAUGAUCUCUCCGUAGUGUGUACCAAUGUUUUGCCUUUUGGAAAUUCUGCUCUCAUCAUUACUACCAUUGCUAAGAUGGACCAUGAAUUCAGCAUGACAAUGGACAACCUAGCGAAAAUGUUGACAGAGGAUUUAUUGGAGUGCUGUAAGUUGCAACAAAAAUGAGCCACGUAUUGGUUAUCAAUAUAUUUUAAAAUGCAUUAGGUCUUCCAAGGGAGAAAGCUCCUUACAGGCUUAGUGGUUUUGGUGGCAUAUAUAAUAGCUAUCAUUUUGGACUUAUUCAACAAAUCAUCAUAUUUAUGGAAAAACAAGAUGAUUGGUGUUUUCACAAUUUGUGGAUUUGCAAUAUUUGUAUCGAUAUUUUUUAUCUUGUAUGCAUGCUUUCCUUGACAAUAUACAUAAAAUGCUUCGCAAAAAGCAAGCUUA